CCCUGCUGCCUUUAAGCUUUUCCCCCACAGCUGCACGGAGUGUAUCCCAUCGUUGCAUAGGUCUCCAGCAGCAGCAGCAGCAGGUGCAGCAGCAGCAACAGCAGCAGCAGAGCCUGUUGUGCAGUUUGCUGUCUCCUCUGGUUAUACAACAGCAGCGCAGCAAGUGCAGCAAUGGGGAGGAUCAGUAGCAUUAGUAGUCCCUCCCUUGCCCCUUAUAGAGUCUUCCCCUCAGCAGCAGCAGCAGCAACAACAACAAUUGCUGCUGCAGCAGCAGCAGCAGCCUGUCUUAUGGCUAUGCAGCAACCGCAACGAGCUGUACGUACACCCCAGCGAGAGAAGAGACAUCCGCAGCGCAGCAGCAAUUAUAAAUAAAAAGGAGACACUUAAUUCCUUUAUUAUGUUGCAUGCAAUAGGAGACACUUUGUCUCUUGUAGAUAUAGCGUCUCCUUUUGAUUCUUCUUGUACAACAGCAGCAACCCCACCAGCAGCAGCAGCAGGAGCAACACCAGCAGCAGCAGCAGCUGCAGCAGCAACAGCAGCAGGAAGGGGACAAAGGACCUUUGGCUGUUUUAGGUUAGAUAGUCCCCUUCCUUUCUCCUCUUUUCUUCUUGGUCCCUCUAUUAGUCAUGUAGCUGUCUCCUCUAAUAGUGAUUAUGUGCUUCCUCCUCAUUAUGCUGCUGAUCCUGCUGCUGCUGCAGCAGCAGCAGCAGCAACACCAGCAGCAGCAGCAGCAGCAGCAGCAGGACGUCUUAUUGCUGUAUGUAUACAACACCCUAUAGAAGAUGUUGAACAAAUAAGAGAAAUUCUUGCUGCUCGUAAUGGACUACAAAAAGCACAUUUGCUGCUGCAGCAAAAGUGUGGGGAAAAUGCAGCAGCAGCAGCAGCAGCAGCAGCAGCAGGAGGUCCAACAGGAGCAGAUGGUAUUAUAUAUGAUGACAAGGGUCUCCUUUCUACCUCUUCCUCCUCCUCAUCAGCAUCAGCAGCAGCAGGAGGAGCAGGAGCAGGAGCAACAGGAGCAACAGCAGGAGCAGCAGCAGGAGCAGCAGAGGUGCCUAUACACCCUAAUCCUUAUCUAAAUAGUUGUAUUGAUGGACGAGUUGAGGUUGAAGGAGAAAUCGGCAAACAAUACGAAGUACUUCUCUAUCAUCAGGAUAAUUUACUGUCUCCUCUUGGGUAA